AUGGAAGGAAUAGAACACAGAACAGUGGAAGUAAAUGGCAUCAAAAUGCAUGUUGCAGAAAAAGGCAAAGAAGGACCAGUUGUUUUGUUCCUUCACGGCUUCCCUGAACUCUGGUACUCCUGGCGCCACCAGAUUGCGGCCAUCGGUUCCCUCGGUUACCGCGCGGUGGCUCCUGAUCUCCGCGGCUACGGCGACACCGAUUCUCCUUCUUCGAUUAGCAGCUAUACGAUUUUCCAUUUGGUUGGUGAUAUUGUUGCUCUUAUAGACUCACUUGGUGUUGAACAAGUGUUUCUUGUGGCUCAUGAUUGGGGUGCUAUCAUUGGUUGGAAUCUCUGCUUGUUUCGACCUGAAAAAGUGAAAGCUUAUGUGUGUCUCAGUGUUCCAUAUUUACCAAGAAAUCCCAAAAUCAAACCUGUUGAUGCCAUGCGAGCUCUGUUUGGAGAUGAUUAUUAUGUCUGCAGAUUCCAGGAACCCAGUAAAACAGAAGCUGAAUUUGCAAAAAGCCCAGAACUAGUUCUGAAGGCCAUGCUUACAGGUAGGAGUGGUAAGCCACUUAUCAUACCCAAAGAAGGUUUCUUAGCUUUUCCAGAAGCUAUAAAAAUAAGGCCCCUCCCUUCAUGGCUCUCUCAAGAAGACCUCAAUUACUAUGCUUCUAAAUUUGAAAAGACAGGAUUCACCGGUGGCCUUAACUACUACAGAAAUUUUAACUUAAAUUGGGAGCUGACAGCAGCGUGGACCGGAACACAAAUUAAAGUACCAGUGAAGUUCAUCACAGGUGAUUUGGAUUUAGUUUACCUUUCUCUUGGUUCGAAGCAAUACAUUGAGAGUGGUAAUUUCAAGAAAGAUGUACCAAAUUUGGAGGAAGUAGUCAUACAGGAAGGUGUGGCUCACUUCAAUAAUCAAGAAGCUGCUGAGGAAAUCAAUAAUCACAUUUAUGAAUUCAUCAAGAAGUACUAG